CUGCUACAUGAAACAUUUAUUCACACCUUAUGAACCAAUCAGGAGCCUCCUACCUGUUCCCACAGCCGCCUCAUUAAUAACAGGAAUUUCCCAGCAUGCCUCGGCUGUGGAGCUGUAUGAGGGAGAGCUGUUUGUCCUGCUGCCCUGUGAGUUUCCCACUUUUGAACUGGACAGCCCCACAGUGGUGUGGAGUCGCUCCAACCUCGGUCCUCCAACCGUCCACCAGCUUCAAGGAGACGAACUGAAAGAUCCAAACCAGCGUUACAGCGGCCGAACAUCCAUGAAGACUGACGCUCUGGAAACUGGAGACCUCAGCCUGAACCUGACCAACCUCCACCCGUCUGACAGCGCCACUUACACCUGCUCCGUCAGAUCAUUUAGACUGAGAGAUGUCCCACUGCAGGUUAAAGGUCAACAUCAAACCAAAACCCUGCUGUAG